CACUAAGUUUAGCGAGUGCGCGCGAGGCUCGGACUGCAGGGGAGGAGGCCUCCGCCGCUGAGGCGGGCGAGCGCGAGGGUUGGGGGGGAAGAAAAAAGAGAGAGGAGCGGAACUGCGCAGGCGCGCUAGUGUCGGCGAGGGAGCGAGCCAGAUAAGCGCCUUUCUUGCGGAUUAAUUUUUUCCCCCUCUCUCUCUUUCUCUCAUUCUCCUCCUCCUCCUCCCCCCCUCCCUCCUCCUCCCUCCCCCCUCUCAGCGGAGCGCGCGCGCCAUGGACGUGAAGCGGCUGAAGGUGACGGAACUGCGGGCCGAGCUCGGGCGGAGAGGCCUGGAUUCCCGCGGCUUGAAAGUGGAGCUGGCCCAGCGCCUCCAGGAGGCCUUGGACGCCGAGAUGUUGGCGGCCGGGCCUGACGAAGGCGGGGCCGAAUCGGCCGGGGUGGCCGCGCAGACCCUCGCCAGGGCCCGCUUGGCGGGCGGCGGCGGGGAGAACGACGACGACGAGGAAGACGAAGAGGACGAGGAAGACGAGGACGAAGAGGAGGACGAGGAGGCCCUGCUGGCCGACGAGGAGGAGCAGAUGCAGGCGGAGCCGGCGGCGGGCGGCGAGGGACAGGCCUUGUCUCAGCAGCCGGCCGGGGAACAAGGCGGCGAGGGCCAGGCCCAGGCGGGCGGCAGCGGAGUCAACGGCGCCCAGGAAGCCCAGGAGGAGGAGGGCGGCGGCGGCGGCGGAGGAGGCCCCAGCGGGAACGAAGCGUCGGGGGACGCCGAGGCCAAACAAGGAGACGAGCAGGCGGCCGAUGAAGAUGAUGAGAAAGCAAAGCAGGCUGGUGCAGAUGGAGAACGCCGCGGACUGAAAAGGCAGCGUGAAGAGAAGGAAGAGCAUGGCCGUGCCUAUUAUGAGUUCCGAGAGGAGGCAUACAAUAGCCGAUCCAAGUCUCCGCCACCACCAGAAGAGGAGCCUAGAGAAGAAGAUGAUGAGAAUGCUGUGAUUCUGGACACGUAUACAUCUGAUCUCCACUUCAGAGCCACCAAGGACCGUUAUGGAGGGCAGCCAUUGUUCUCUGAGAAAUUCCCCAACCUUUGGUCAGGGGCGAGAAGCACACAUGGAGUGACAAAGGGGAAAGUCUGCUUUGAGGCAAAGUGGAGCCCAGCCCCUUGGUUUACUGCGGAGCUGGGUGACAUGAAGAGGGCCGGGAGACGUCUAGAGCGGCGUUGGCGGAAAACUAAGAGCGAAGCCGACAGAGCGUGCUAUAGAGCUCAUUGGAAGACCUAUGAGGCGGCGCUGACAGCGGCAAAGAAAGCCUACUUCUCUGCUACCAAUGAAUCAACUAGUUCGCGACCAGCUCAGUUGUCGAAGGUGGCACAAAACCUCCCACUGAAGGAAGGCUGCACAGAGACCUCACUGCUUCGCAUUGGAUGGUCUGUUGAUCGGUCUCGUACACAGCUAGGUGAGGAUGAGUUUUCUUAUGGCUACGAUGGACGAGGGUUGAAGGCUGAAAACGGGCAGUUCGAAGAAUAUGGUCAGCCCUUUGGGGAGAAUGAUGUGAUCAGUUGCUUUGCUAACUUCGAAAGUGAAGAGGUGGAGCUCUCCUUCUCCAAGAACGGGGAGGACCUGGGUGUAGCCUUCCGGAUCAGCAAGGAGUCUCUGGGUGACAAAGCUUUGCUGCCGCAUGUGCUGUGCAAGAACUGCUCUGUGGAGCUGAACUUUGGCCAGAAGGAAGAGCCGUUCUUCCCAGUUCCCGAGGACUAUGUGUUCAUUCAUGCUGUCCCCGUCGAGGAUCGUGUGCGCACUCCUCCUCCACCCAAGACCACUGAGGAAUGUGAGGUGCUGUUGAUGGUUGGCCUGCCAGGGUGUGGGAAAACCCAGUGGGCACAGAAGCACACCGAGGAGAAUCCCGACAAACGCUACAACAUCUUGGGGACGGAUGCUGUUCUUUUCCAAAUGAGAACAAGGGGGCCUGAAGUUGAAGAACUGGACACCAAAAGUCAAGAUCAGCUAACUCAACAAGCUGCCCGUUGCGUUAGCAAGCUGGUCCAGAUUGCCCCCAGGACAAAAAGGAACUUCAUUCUUGAUCAGUGUAAUGUGUACAAUUCUGGCCAACGGAGGAAGCUGCUGAACUUCAAGGGGUUCUCGCGCAAGGUGAUUUUAAUUGUCCCCAACGAAGAGGACUGGAAGCAGAGGCUGGAACUGAGGAAGGAGACUGAGAAGGAUGACGUGCCUGAGUCGGUGAUGCUGGAAAUGAAAGCCAACUUCUCUCUUCCGGAGAAGUGUGACUACAUCGAUGAAGUCCUGUACCAAGAGCUUGCAAAGGAAGAGGCUCAGCCCCUGGUCACCAAAUACAAGGAGGAGGCCAGGAAACUGCUUCCGCCCUCCGAGAAGCGGACGAACAGGCGCAACAACCGUAACAAACGCAACCGUCAGAACCGCAACCGUGGCCAGGGAUAUGCUCAGCCCAGGCAUCCAAGUAAGCAGCACCCCCCCGGGCUGCUGUUUGGUGGACAGCGCCGUGGUUACGACAAUCGGGUUUAUGGGCGGCAGCAGCAGCAGCAACAGUACUGGGGGCAGCCUGGGAACAGAGGUGGUGGUGGCUACCGCAACUUCUAUGACAGAUAUAGGGGGGACUACAACCGGUUCUAUGGACGUGAUUAUGACUACAACAGAGACUACUACAGGGACUACAAUCGGGAGUGGCAGAACUACUACCAAGACAGAGACCGAUAUUACAGGAACUACUACGGCUACCAGGGGUACCGGUGAAACCCCGGCCAUCUUCACCCUUCAGCCGAGCGACGAGAUUCUACUGAGGGGAAGUGUCUUGUAAUUUCCCAAGAUGCAACCAAUGGAAACAGGGCUGUUGGGAGAGAGGCAGCAGGGGUUAAAGGGGGGUGGGGGUGGGAAGGUUUAAACAAAAAUUGUAAAUUUUUUUAAAAGUUUGUUGAAAGAAUAUUGUCUUAUUCUAUAAAAAAAGAAAAAAACAUUUCAAACCUAGUUUAGACAUUUGUAAUCAGAACGUUUGCGCGAAAAGGAAAGCAGCACUUAGUGCUGUCUGCGAUUGGACAGGAAAACAUUACAUUAUAGAGCAGCUGGACUGGCAGCCAGGCAGGGGGCGGGAGACACAGAGCUCCCGAGAGACGCUCAUUGAGGGGGUGUAGAUGAGGGAAUGCUGGGGGAAGGUGGCCCAUGCAGAUUGGGGUGGGUGGGGAUGUACAUUUUGAGUUUUCCAGAAACAAACAUAUUUAGGGUUCUUGCUCGCCACUCCAUGUUUUGGCGGGUUGACAGUGGCGUGAGUCCUCUUCAUGCCAGGGGAACAGGGAAACGUUUUCCAUCUUGGAGACACGGAGAAGGAGGCCAUGGUGCUCCCUUUUCCUCUCCCUCAGUGUUCGGCCUGCGUUUUCAGACAGUGAAUUGCUGGGAGGCCUGUUGGGCAUUGUGUGUCCCAGGCCAGAGGCUUCUCUUGAGCAUCUCCCUACUCCCCCAGGAAUCUUCCUUAACCCUCUUUUGAGUGUGAUACUGUGAUCCAUCUCGCAGAAGGAUGUGUAGGAAUUUGGGUUGUAAAGUUUCCUGCCUUGUUUUCCAUGGCCAAAGCAGGCUGCCUUGGGUGCUCUCUCCCCCGCCCCCCUGCACACACACAUACCCCUUCCUCCCAAAGCUUAGCUGACCCCUUUCUCUCUGUGUAGCAUCUGUGCUCUUGUUUGUGGAGUGGAAGGAACAUUUUUUUCUCAGGGUUUCUGCAGGAUCUUCUCAUUGUUAGCACCUAAACAUGUAUAUAGGCGUGCAAGCAUGUAACUGUCACCUUUUGAGGAGCUUAGCGCUGAGAAUAGCAACAAUUUUAUACAGUUAGUGCAAGGGGGAAGCGGGCUGGGGGGGGGAGAGGACACAAUUCGCUCAAUCCUCCUUGUGGUUUUGAUAAACUUGGUAGGCUCUGUAUAUAGGGAACUAAGUAGGAAAAGGGGGCAGAAAGAAGGACUUAUGUAGGGGAGGGGGGGGGAGUUGUAUGUGUCCCUCACUUGAAAAAAAAAUUAACUUUUCCAAAACCUGGCUGUUGGUGAAGUUCAGUUUUCAGAAGGUUUGAGGUGUGUCCUGUGGGCAUCUAAAGGGUCUUUAAAAAAAAUUAUGGUGUGCCCAGUCCAUAAAAUGUCCUCUGGUGUUUCGUCUGAUUACAUGGAGGAAGAAAACUAUCCCUUUGCAGCAGCCAAGUGUGGUUGGUUCAGUGACUGGUAUCCUUUUCUUGGCUUUUUUCCCUUUGUUUUAUGUGUAAAUCUUUUUUCAGGCGGUAACAAAGGGAGAAGAUGAUUUUGUUCCUCAUCCUGUAACUUAGGGAUCUGAUUAUUAAUUUUGCUUCCCUGUCAAGUCUUUCCACAGAACAAAAGGGAUGGUGGGGGGCUUUCUAUGGCAGGAUACCCUUCCUCCUCAGAUGUGAAUUGUGUUAAUAUCCCCCCGUUUCUGGAUCCCAGAUGUCUGCAGCUUAGCUAAUUGUGUCUGAUUCUCCUGCCACAGGGACUGAAGAUUUGCCUCCAUUCCUUGUGAUUCACUGUUUGAAAUUCAAACUUUUUAAAAAAAAUUCUUUUAAAAAUUUGGGUUUUUUUAGAACACACUCAUAAGCCUUUGUAAGUUGCUCUGUCUCCCUCCCCAUAAGAGUGCUAAUUUCCUGCAUCCCAGCUGGACAAAAGAAUGGGGGCCUGCCAGCUCCAGAAGGCAUUUGAUCCUUAGAUAAGGGGGCGGAGGGAAGGGGAAGGGCAGCUGUCUCCCAGCUCUCUCGCCCUUUUUUCCAAAACAUAGGAGCUAGAGAGAAGCAGGAUUCUUCUAUCUCCAUGCAUGUGUGUAUUCAAGAAUGUUUGAUUGUGUGACAACUGUUUUUAUAACAAAGUUAAACUGGUAUUUUAAACGCUUCAGGCCAUUAGAAAAUAUUCUUCUGGGGAAGAAGGGGGAGAGGGUGUGUGUGUGUGUGAGAGAGCGAGCGCAAGUAUCUUCAGUAGCUGAACACUCGCGUGGGUGCGUGAUGGCUUGAUGCUAUGAAACAUUGAUUUGGGGUGCGCUUUCCAGCAUAACGGGGCUCCAGCAGCCUUGAUGUGAGCAAGCAGGUCCUUUCAGGAUCACAAGGCAAGGUGGAACAGGCACCGGGCCCAGACUAGCUUCAACAUCUUUGGGAAGUUGCUGUCACAGUUAAAUGAGAGCUUACAGUACUUUCUCUUGCGGGGGUGGGGGUGGGGGGGUGACUAAAAACUGCCGCAUCCUAGACCAACAGAACAAGAGAUCUUGGCGACUUUGGUAGAUGUCUUCUUUUUUCUGCACAUUUUUGUUUAAAAAGAAAACAAAAAUUAAAUAGUACAAAAAUACAAAAAAAAAGGAAAUCCAGCCUGUUUAAAAUCUGUUAGUGUUUUUCAUGAUUGUAUGUCUUAGUUGCUGUAGAUGGAAAGCUCGAGCGAAACGGAGGCUGUAAAUGUUUUUACAAACUGUAAAACGUUUAAGUGGCCAGUAAAAAGGGUUUUGCCAUUGAACAUGUAACUGUGUGGUUGUUUACAUCUGUAACUUUCUUUCCUUAACAAUUCUGGCAUAUGUAGGUUGAUAAAUCUUCCAUUUUUAGAAUAAAUAACCAUUCGCUUGACUCCACAUCGUUCUGUUGCUGCACUGACUUCUUCGGUGUCGUUAUGCUUUUUGCUCGUCUUUCCCCCCCACCCCCAAUUAAAAAAACUGAAAA